GCAAUCCCAGGGCAUAAUGCGUGGAUCAUGUUCAUCUGACAGACCUGCUCUCUGCUCCACUCCUGCACUCACGCAACCUGCUGUUCUUCUGUAAGUACUGCAGGUCAGAGCCUUUUCAACUUGUACAGUAGAUGUGAUGAGGGGAGACGUGUCUCUGCUGACUGAGUAAAUCACCAGGACUUAUGAAUGAAAACAAAUCACACACAACGGGGACAGACAGAGAGAGAACACCUAAUUGCUUCUGGAGGUGCCUGUCCUGGUGUAACUGUCAGAGCAUAAUGGUGGCAUUUAAAGGGAUCUGGACCAAGGACUUCUGGAGGGCUGUGUCUGGAGAAUACCUGGCCACUCUCAUCUUUGUCCUUCUCGGCCUGGGCUCCACCAUCAACUGGGCUGCAGGGGAGGAGAAGCCUCCUCCAGCCGACCUAGUCCUUAUCUCGCUGUGCUUUGGCCUAAGCAUUGCCACUAUGGUGCAAUGUUUUGGCCACAUCAGUGGUGGACACAUUAACCCCGCCGUCACUGCAGCUAUGGUUGUAACUAGAAAGCUGAGCUUGGCAAAGGCUGUGUUCUAUGUGGCGGCUCAGUGCCUGGGAGCUAUUACUGGAGCUGGGAUCCUUUACAUAGUCACACCUGCUGCUGUUAGAGGGUCUCUCGGUGUGACCACGGUGAACUCCAACAUCUCAUUAGGACAUGGCCUUCUUGUGGAACUCCUUAUCACAUUCGAACUGGUCUUCACUGUCUUCGCCACCUGCGACCCCAAACGUACAGACCUUGGUGGCUCUGCAGGCCUGGCCAUUGGCUUUGCUGUAGCUAUAGGUCACUUAUUCGCGAUUCCCUACACAGGAGCCAGCAUGAACCCUGCUCGUUCCUUUGGGCCCGCAAUGGUCACGCUUAACUUCGAGAGCCACUGGGUGUACUGGGUAGGACCCAUUCUAGGGGGCAUCUUGGCUGCUGGCUUGUAUGAGUACCUGUACUGUCCUGACCCUGAGAUAAAGGAGAGGCUGAAACUAGUCUUUAAGAAGGACACAUCAGGAAAGUACAGGGAGGUGGAGAGUGACGACAUUACCAUCAAGCCAGGCUCCAUCCACACCAUCGAUCUGGAGAAAGCUGAGAAAAAAGAUCAUUUCCACGACUCCACAGGAGAAGUGUUGUCCUCUGUAUGACUAUCACGUGCACUGGAGAUGGAGACCAAUUUGUAGAGCAGAAUGACAAUCAAACUUUGGAGCGUUGAUCCUGAGCCCCUACAAAGACUUUGUCCUCCAAGCAGAAUAUGAUUUCUGUCCAUGACACAAUAUUGUUGUGUUCAUUUAGUUGCCAUGAAGUUAACAUGGUGUUAUAGCUCAAUCUUCCUAACAUCUGCAGCCUGUUCAAUACUCUUCCUGAGGCCCACCCUGAAUGAUUUUGUAGCAGUGUUGCCAUGCAGCACGCAUUGCACACUGCAGAAUGACAGCACAAAAAUACGUUGUGUUCAGGAAAUAUGUGUAGGGUCAACCAAUUAUGUGGGGUCAUCACGCUGAAUUGGAGAAGUGAAGAAGAAAAUGCACCCUUGUUAUUUUUGGAUUAGUGUCACAUUUGGUCCAUGUAUCGUAUAUGUAAUAAAAGGGGAGAUUUUCCUUGUGAUCAUUAAGCACAUUACAGAUCACAAGCAAUUUAAGACAGCUCUGACAAGCUUUAUAAUCAGAGUUGUGUUGCAGGGCUCUCUAUUUUCAGUGCAUUAGUGAGGGAAACAACUGGUUCAUCUUAAUGGGAAACUGUGUUUUUACAAAACUCUAUCCCCACUUUCUGGUGUUUAUAACGUCGGUUGCUGUAUAUUUUUUCCUAUUUCAUAAAAAUGUGAUACUUAGCGGGUUUUAUUUUAUAGAUCUAGAUUCUUGUAACGCAUCUUAUGUCUCUGUAUGAUUUCCUAUCUGUCAUACUUAAGCAUUUAAUUUAUUGAUAGAAUAUAUGGAUUAUCUGUGUUUGUGAUUUUCAGUUCUUGUGCUCAUAAACUACAAGUGCAACAAGAUGUAAAAGAUAUUGUAAUAAUAAAGCUUUUUUCUAAUUAUUCUAA